GUAGUAAAUUAAAUUAAGGUAUCCGAACAUCAAACGAACAUAAUCCGAACCGAAACAGCUGCGAAAUGUGCGAAACAGUCCGAAAUCCGAAAAUGGCGGACGAGUCGUUAGAAGAAAGUUCUGCUCUAGAUAUUUCCAAAUUAAAGGUUCCAGAUCUGAAAAAGGAACUUAAAAAUAGAGGACUAAGCACUACCGGAAAUAAAAAUGAUUUAGUGGAAAGACUCCAAGCGGCAAUAAGAUCCCCGACGAAUCCAGAAUUAAUUGAUGAAAUUGAAGAGGAUCUUCUAAAUGAAGAAGAUGACGAUGAACAUCUGGAUGAAAGGGAUUCGAUUAUUAACGAGCUAGAUAAUAACUUGGACGAUUCACCAAAAGCACAGAAAAGAAAACUUGACGGAACAGAUAAAUCCCAUAUUGAUGGACCUCCUAAAAAGGUUAUUUUGAAACGAAAUAAUAGUGAUACAUUAACCAGUAAAGCUGUAACUGCAAAUGAAAAAAAUAAUGAAGUUCAGGAAGACACAACUCCAAAUGGGCAACAGAUAGAAGAUAAGAAAGUUAUUAAAUUUUCAGAACUUUCAGCCAAAGAGAGAUUAGAAAUGAGAGCAAAAAAGUUUGGUGUCACAGCUUUAAGUGAUGAUGCAAAGAAAAUUGUUCGAGCUGAAAGAUUUGGAGCAAACCCAACAGAUUUUAGUGCAAGUAGCAUAAAGUCUGGAAACAAGGAAGCUGAUGUUGAUGUAUUGAAACAAAGAGCAGCUCGUUUUGGUGUGUCUGUUUCAAGUGUAAUGUCCGAUUUAGAAAAACAAGAAAAAAUGGAGAAGAGAAAGCAACGAUUUGGCGUCAUAACUGCUACUUCUAAUAACACAAUAAAAGAUUCAGAAGCAGCCAAAAUUGCUAGAUUAGAAAGGUUUAAAACAUCUGUUAAAUAACUUUCAAAGGGACUGUUUAUAUAAAUGUUUUUAAUUUAAGCAAAACUAAUUAAUCUUUUUCUUAUUUGUUUUUAGUAACGAAUACAUUUUUUUAUCUAUUUUCAAUUUUAUUUAAAUACCUAUUUUUUAUUACUUGUGCCCAGAAUAUUAUGUCUAUUCUAAACUUAACUGAAAUAAAUAUUUU